AGGAAUCCCAACUUGCUUUAUAGUUAGUUGUCAAGAGCAGUGAAGAGGCAAUAGAACACAACACAACAGAGAGAGAGAAAGAGCAAAUUCAACAUUGUUCUGUUCUUCAGCAGAAUUCUCUACUCACAUCCAUGGCUUCCAAACUCUUACUCAUUACCGUCUUCGUUUUUGACUUGAUUGCUUUUGGAUUGGCCGUGGCUGCUGAGCAGAGAAGAAGCACAGCUAAGAUUGUGCAGGACAACGAUGUGAACUAUAACUACUGUGUCUAUAAGUCUGAUAUAGCUACUGGCUAUGGGGUCGGAGCAUUUUUGUUCCUCUUGGUUAGUCAAGUCCUGAUAAUGGUGGCAAGCCGAUGCUUCUGUUGUGGGAAGCCUCUAAGCCCAGGAGGCUCAAGGGCUUGUGCAAUUAUCCUUUUCAUAAUCUGCUGGGUGUUUUUCAUAAUAGCUGAGAUCUGCUUGUUAGCUGGAUCAGUGGAAAAUGCUUACCACACCAAGUACAGGCAUAACAUCUUUGCGAACAAAGAGCUAUCUUGCGAAACAGUUCGGAAGGGAGUGUUUGCUGCUGGUGCUGCUUUUGUUUUCUUCACUGCCAUUGUUUCUGAAUUCUACUAUGUCAACUACUCAAGUGCCAGGGAAAGAUUCCAACCUUAUGGUGGCGGUGAGACUGGUGUUGGUAUGGGAACCUACAAAUGAGCUUGUUGGUAAAGAAUUUUAGAGCCUAAAUUUAGGUGUGACUAUAUCUGUUGCAUUCUACUCUACUAGAAUGAAUGUGUAAGUUGUAUCUUAGUAAUUUUUUGUGUAACAUAGUGUGGUAUGUUAUGGGUGAUUCAUUCAUUGCCCCUUUACACUUUUGGAGUUUUUGUCAUGUAUACAUAUCAGCAAGAGAAAUAAUUUCUUGAUUUAUAUUGUUUCUGCAUACUAAUAAAUUGUAGUCCUUUCAUUCAAAUGUUAGUAACUUCAUUGUAGAAUCAGUUUCCUUAA